CUGAAUCACCGGCGCUGAUUAAUCCCUCCAGCCCGCUGCCUGCCCGCGGCCGCAGGAUUGCGAGAGGGCUGGAGUGCAUGCAGAGUUCAGGCUCCAGUCCGGCUGCGCACAAUGGAGGAUGAAAGCAUCAAACAGAGUUCCCAGUCACCUGAUGAAGCUGAAGAUAAGGAGAAGGACCAGCGCACGGUAACAGUCAAUCCUUCUCACAUGGGAAAGGCAUUCAAGGUCAUGAAUGAAUUACGGAGCAAGCGGCUCCUCUGUGACGUGGUGAUUGUUGCCGAAGCCAUUGAGAUGGAAGCCCAUCGCGUUGUCCUAGCAGCCUGCAGCCCCUAUUUUUGUGCAAUGUUUACAGGAGACAUGACUGAAAGUAAAGCAAAGAAGAUUGAAAUAAAAGACGUUGAUGGGCAAACACUGAGUAAGCUGAUUGAUUACAUCUACACAGCUGAAAUAGAGGUCACGGAAGAGAACGUGCAGGUUUUGUUGCCAGCUGCCAGCUUAUUGCAAUUAAUGGAUGUUAGACAAAACUGCUGUGAUUUUCUCCAGUCCCAGCUGCACCCUACAAAUUGCCUUGGAAUUCGAGCCUUUGCAGAUGUGCACACCUGCACUGAACUUCUGCAGCAGGCAAAUGCCUAUGCAGAGCAGCACUUUCCCGAGGUGAUGCUAGGGGAAGAAUUCCUUAGCCUUAGUCUGGACCAGGUUUGCAGUUUAAUAUCAAGUGACAAGCUCACUGUGUCUUCAGAAGAAAAGGUCUUUGAAGCUGUUAUAUCUUGGAUAAAUUAUGAGAAAGAGUCUCGCUUAGAACACAUGGCUAAACUGAUGGAGCAUGUUCGUCUGCCCCUUUUGCCCAGAGAUUACCUUGUACAGACAGUUGAAGAAGAAGCUUUAAUCAAGAAUAACAACACGUGUAAAGACUUCCUUAUUGAGGCCAUGAAAUAUCACUUGCUUCCUCUGGAUCAAAGGCAGUUGAUAAAGAAUCCUAGAACAAAACCAAGGACUCCAGUUAGCCUGCCAAAGGUAAUGAUUGUGGUUGGUGGGCAAGCGCCCAAAGCCAUCCGAAGUGUGGAGUGUUACGAUUUUGAGGAGGAUCGGUGGGAGCAGAUAGCUGAGCUUCCCUCCCGGAGAUGCAGAGCAGGUGUGGUGUUUAUGGCAGGCAACGUUUAUGCGGUCGGGGGGUUUAACGGCUCUCUCAGAGUGCGAACUGUAGACGUGUAUGAUGGCGUGAAGGAUCAGUGGACGUCAAUUGCCAGCAUGCAGGAACGACGAAGCACUUUGGGGGCAGCUGUGCUGAAUGAACUCCUAUAUGCUGUGGGCGGAUUUGAUGGAAGCACUGGUCUGGCAUCAGUAGAGGCCUAUAGCUAUAAAACCAAUGAGUGGUUUUUUGUGGCUCCCAUGAACACAAGAAGAAGCAGUGUUGGAGUUGGAGUUGUGGAGGGUAAGCUGUAUGCUGUGGGGGGUUAUGAUGGAGCAUCACGUCAGUGCCUUAGUACCGUAGAACAGUAUAAUCCGGCUACAAAUGAAUGGACCUACGUUGCUGAUAUGAGCACUCGGCGCAGCGGUGCAGGCGUCGGUGUUCUCAGUGGACAGCUAUAUGCUACUGGAGGGCACGAUGGUCCCUUGGUGAGGAAGAGUGUGGAGGUUUAUGAUCCAGGAACAAAUACCUGGAAACAAGUUGCAGAUAUGAACAUGUGUAGAAGAAAUGCAGGUGUGUGUGCUGUGAAUGGGCUACUCUAUGUGAUUGGAGGAGAUGAUGGUUCUUGCAAUUUGGCCUCUGUAGAGUAUUAUAAUCCUGUCACUGAUAAAUGGACAUUACUGCCAACAAAUAUGAGCACUGGAAGAAGUUAUGCAGGUGUGGCUGUGAUUCAUAAACCAUUGUGACACCUACUCCAGCUAAUGCAAGGAGCAGCAGUGAAGUGAAUCUCCGUGGGUGUUCUCGAGGAGAGGCCUGACACCUGAUUGAAUCCAACUUAUUGCUGUUGAACUCCUAGCGUGGCAAGUGCUGCAUUAAGAACUUCCCCUUCCGUGGAUAGUGCAGCGACGUGCCAAUCCUAAGGUGUUGCUUGUUGUCCUUGGUGCAAUCAAUUCUCUCUGAUCAGCCGGUUUCCUGGGAUAAACAUUGUGCUUAAACUGAUACCGGAGAGACUGAAUUUCGUGUGUGAAACAAAACGCUACUGUAGGGCAUGUGAGUAAAAACCAAUAUACUGAAUGUCUUCACUACUGAUACUUUGUACACACCUUGAGUUAAGCUAUUUACUCACUGCUCCUGGAAUUUACUACUGACAGUGGAAUCUUCUAACCACCAAUCAUCAGAAAUAUACUGGACCGGGGUGCUGGCUUGUGUUUGACUCUGUCUCAGUCACAUGUAUAUAUGUCACUGGACAACUGUAUGUAUCCCUAGCACACUUAUGAUAUGAUUGGAGAUGUACAUUGGAUGAUUGUUUUGCUAGUCACAUAGCUGCUUUUAUAUACAGGAUAGGAUGUGCUGGGCAAUGGCUUGCCCAGAGAAAGGUGAAUACCCCACCCCCCCAAAGGUUGUUAAUCCCACAGGAACAUGCUGCUCUGGAGGGCCUUAUUGCUCCCAUAAAACAUGUACUGUUCGAACUAAAAAUCAAGGAAGAAAGUCAUACCUCUGUGUCCUGCAUUUCAAGGCCAUUUCGGAACAGAGCAUUUAAACAUAAGGGUGUGUCUUACUGAGUCAUUGACACGUCUCACCUGUAUCCAGCCAAAUAAUCCUCCCCUCACCCAAGAAGUGAUUAAAGACCAAGAUAAAAUGCCUACAGUGUCUUAACGCUUCCAGAAGAGGGAAAUCGUAUUCUUCAGUGCCAUUGUUCUCGUUUUUAAAGUGUUUUCUGUGUUAAAUACUUUCUUCCAUCCAUACCAAGUAGUUAGCAGGAGCCUUUAUAAGAUCCUUCCAAAAAGGGAUUUUAAAUAGUGAAAGCUGGGCUCUGCUGUGACUUUUAAUAAUCUCACUUGUACCAAAGUCCUGCUAGUUUGUUUUCCCUUUGAAAGGAUGGAGUCAGCUUGCAAAUCGUGUGUGUGACACUUCUGGGUAUCUGCUGUAGUUAAAAGUAACACCUGGGGGGCCCUGAAAGUUGUUUGGAGGUCGGGGGUGUGUGUGUGUGAAAUAAAAGGUUUUCCCCCCUUCCCCCAUCUCACAUAACUUUGUGCAUUUUACAGGACUUUUGGUAGAGUCAGUUUCGCUGUUUUCCCUUAUAGAGCCAGUCAGAGCUUUCCUAUACAGGGAAAUGGACCUGCAGAAUUACAGCAGUAUUAUUAUUCUGGCAUAGCUAUAAUGGUAUAGCUCCCAAAAUAGACUCAGGGCUUGUCUUCACUACCCGCCCGGAUCGGCGGGUAGAAAUCAAUCUCUCGGGGAUCGAUUUAUCACGUCUCGUCGGGAUGCGAUAAUCGAUCCCCGAAAUCGACGCUCGUACUCCACCAGCCCAGGUAAGAGUAAGCGCCGUCGACAGGGGAGCUGCGGCGGUCGAUUUGCCGCCGUCCUCACAGCGGGUAAGUCAGAUCAGAUGCGUCGAAUUCAGCUAUGCUAUUCCCGUAGCUGAAUUUGUGUAUCUGAAAUCGAUUCCCCCUCCAUAGUGUAGACGUAGCCUCAGAGACUUGAAGGUCAGAAAGGACCAUCAUGAUCAUCUAGUCUGACCUCCUGCAUAUUGCAGGCCACAGAACCUUACCCCCCCACAGACUGUAUUCCAGAAUAAGUGACUGUUUCUAAGUGUAGCUUAUAUUGCUUCAGAGGCCGUUUACGCUAUACUGAAGAAGUUACUUGCAUUACAGUAUUCACUUCGGGAGUUACACCACUACAGCUAUGUCGGAAUACUUAUACCGCUAUAAUUCUGCCAGUCAGUUUUCCCAUGUAGACAAGCCUUCAAUAUCUCCUUCCUCAAAAAGCUUUCAGUAUCUUCCUUGCUCUUAGAAACAUCAACAUGGAAGUAGAAAAACCCUUUAAAAUGUUUGUUAAAGAAUAUAAAAACAAGUCAUGAUGUGCUGAUUUUAAAGGGAGAUUGAUCAGGAAGUGGAAUAUUUUAAAAUGCAGGGCUCGUCUACAUGGAGACUUAGUGCAUGGCAAACUGGGGUAUAAAUCUGCACUGCAUUCGUUUGCCAUGCGCUCACUGGCUGUGACAUCAAAGUGCACUAAGGAACUUCUAGUGCAUGGGGCAGGGUCCGCGUGCCCAGCAGGCUAGUACACUGUAGAUUUACACCCUGUCUUGUUGUGCACUAAGUCUCCAUGUAGACAAGCCCAAGUAGUCUUUAAAAUGCAAGUGGACAGUGUCCCUUUAACCUGGAUGCCUGUGGCUUAGCCCCAUUGACUUCAAUGGGAGCACUGCGUAGGCAUAUGAGUGGUGCAUUUGAUCCUCACUAGGGAAAGGUCAGUAGCAUCCACUCACUCUGUGUUGUAAAGCUAAAAGUGAACUGUCCACUGGAAUGACGACAUUGGUAUUCGAGAGACAAGGUGGGUGAGGUAAUACCAUUUAUUGGACCAACUUCUGUUGGUGAGAGAGACAAGCUUUGUAGCCUCACAGAGCUCUGGGAAAGGUACUCGGAGUGUCAGAGCGAUAAGCAAGGUGGAGCAGGUUGUUUAGCAUCAGUAGUUAGCACAUCUUUCCAAUGACUACAACUACACUGCAUACAAUAUUGAUCCUGGCAGCUGGGGGGUUGUGGGUCGGGUGAGGGGGUUCUGGAAAUAAGUCAAGAAAGCAGAGCGUCCCAUAAACCCUCCUCCACCCCUCGCUCCACGCUCUACCAUCCGUAUAUCUGAACAAACUCAGUGAAAUUAGUAAAAAUCAUGGUUCUGCCAGCUGAUGCUUUACUAUUAUGUGUUGGCUCCAUAACUUGCUCGCCAGGAGUCUGAUGUAAAAGCCGUUGAAAUCGAUGGGAGUCGUUCCAUGGACUUCAGCGGGCUUUGGCUCAGGCCCUAAGACGCAUCCUCACCCCUGACAAAUGAGAUCCUGUCGCCCGUGACGGACCCAUCGGCAUUCAUCCCUAAAUAGCUACUCACCGGCCAUUACACUUCAGCUCUGUCCAAUACUACAUAAGAGGAAGUAAUUCUUAAAUUAACUCCAUAGCCCAUGGCAGUCCGUUUUUAGUAGUUCGAGAACAUCUCACCUGGGGUUAUAAUGCACAAGAUGAAAGGUUGAGCCUCGUUCACUACGGAAGAGGUGCACUCUUCUUUUGGAACAGUGGGUGUUGGUGUCUUAUUGCUGCUCUAAAAUGGCAUUUACACAUACACGUGGCCUAAGGAAAACCACUAGCCCCAGGUGCAUACUGGACAUGGCUAGGACCCUGCUGGUUGGUCAGGGAUCACUAAUUGUGUGUUCGUCUCCAAAGCUAUUCCUUAUCCAUAGGAAAUGAUGCUUCUGUCCUUCCUUCUCUAACGUUGCAGCAUUAUGCAAGUCAAGUGACCUCGUUUUUCAGCUAUGCAAUAUUAACGUCUGUAACACGUGUCAAGCCACUUGUAAGAUCCCCUAAAUAUGCUUUUGAAGUUGUCUUACUGGAUGUGUGGUCUAAUGUUUGUAUUAAUUCUGAGCACUUGAGCCAGAUCGUUUCAAAUAUUGCCUUUUUUUAGGACUGAAAAUGUAGCUUUAGAGCGAACAAAUUUUAAUGUAAAUAUUUUUAUAAGAUAAUUUUUAAGACUUUUUGGAUUACUUUUUAUUGUCCUUGAUGACGUUAUGUUCCAUUCUGUAUCGAAUUCUUACACUCUAAGGCAGUUCUCGCCAGCUGUGGUGUGGGUGUGAAUUUGAACAUUUUCUGCACAAGAAAUUUCAGUGUUGUAACUAAGGUGGGAUAAAUUCUCUUUGCUCUCGUGUUAAUUCUAACACAUUAAAUGGAUACUGUUGGGUUCAA